AUGAAGCUCCCAUUCACCCUCGCAGUCGUUGUGGCCGCCGCCAUCGUCAAUGCAGCUCCCGCCCCUGCUUCCGAUCUUGUUGUCCGCACCAACGAUGUCCUCACUCAGUCUAGGAACAUCACCUCUCAACUUUCUGUUGCUGCUGUCAAUGACGAAGUCUCGGAGACCUACCAUGGCGAGCACACAGUAGAGAUGUGGCUCGGCAUCAACAGGGCAAACGUGGGCGACCUCACUGGCUCGGCGCUCUAUGGCAUGAUCUGGAAGGCUCUCGAUGUCAUAUGUGAUCGUGGUCGCGCGCAUGACUGUGACAGUACCAGCAGGGCUAUCAAUGUCAACUACUUGAAUGACAAAAACAAGAUCGAUCGAGGAUUCUUGAGGCUGAAGGUUGAAUCUGGAUACUGGAGCGAUGAUGCAGUUCGUCGUCUAAUGAUCGGGUCCGUGGCUGGGGCACUCGAAGCUUUGAGCAAUGCACAGGACAACUGUUUUGAUGCUCCAGGAUCAAAGAGGCUCUGCAACGUUAGCGACCGUGUCAAGAUCCACACGAUUAGUGGCAACAUCCAUGUUUUCAUCAAUAGCCCUACCGACGACGGAUCGUUUUGGUGUUGUCAGAACAGAAGCCCCAUCGACAACGUUCUGGAUCGACUGGGUUCUGAAUGGCUGUCUCAUUCGCCUAUGUGGCAGGGCAAAGGCUUCUCGAGGGAUGUGAGGUGCAUCAACGCCUGCUAA